AUGCUCCUACCCCGGCUAUGUGUGCUGUCGUUAUGCUUGUGUGUGGCCACUAGUUUCCACAAGUUCGCAUUCACAAAGCCCGAACUUGCCUUGUACCGCCAAGAAACAAGAGAGCUGUUUUACCACGCCUUCGACAACUACAUGGCACUGGCAUACCCACACGACGAGUUGGACCCAAUAAGAUGCCAACCGCGCACUAGAAACUUUAAAGACGACUCGGAUUUGGACCGCAAUGACGUGAUGGGGAACUUUUCUGCCACUCUGGUCGACUCUUUGACAACGCUGGCAAUCAUGGGGGACAAGGACCAGUUUCAGCUGGCCGUUGAACUCGUGCGUGCCGAUCUGGAUCCACAUUUCGACAUCAAUGUUACAGUGCAGGUUUUUGAGACAACAAUAAGGAUCUUGGGGGGUCUUCUGUCGGCCCAUUUGUACGCUUCUGAUUCCACCAAAAAAGUCUAUUUGGGUGUCGAUUAUGAUGGAUUUCUUUUGCAAAGAGCGAACAGUCUUGCCGACCGACUGCUACCCGCUUACCUCACCGAGACCGGAAUGCCUCUGCCGCGCAUUAAUUUAGCCCACAAAUAUCGUAACAUCUCACCGGACAUUCUACAAGAAAACAAUGCUGCUGCCAUAGCGUCUCCGAUCCUUGAGUUUACGCUGCUUUCCUAUUUGACUCACGAUGACAAGUAUAAACAGGUCAGCGAGUAUGCUUUCCACAAAGUUUGGUCUCUAAGAAGCAAGCUCGACCUUCUACCGAUGUCUUUCAGCCCUCAUACACAAAGAAACUUCAACCAUUACACUGGUACUGGUGCGUCGAUAGACUCAUUUUACGAAUACGCUUUGAAAGGCGCAGUUCUUUUCGAUGACGAUCGGCUUUGGCGCGUUUGGGAAGAUACCUACUACGCGCUUCGAAAACACUGCAAAGGUGAUUGGUUCUUUGCAAAUGUCGACAUAUAUAGAGGUGAAGUAGUGUUGCCUUGGAUCGAUUCUUUAAGCGCCUUUUUCCCUGGUCUGCAGGUUCUCGCAGGAGACGUGACAGACGCACAAACAAAGCACUUGCUGUUCCUCAAACUCUGGAAUCACUACGGGGGCAUACCAGAACGAUGGAAUUUUCUGGCUCAAACAGAUCAGUCAUCACCAGAGCAAUCCAGUGUAAGCCUUCCUUGGUACCCACUCCGCCCUGAGUUUGUGGAAAGCACUUACUACAUAUACCGGGCCACCAAGGAUCCCCUUUACCUGAAGAUCGCUUGGUCUAUUCUGCAGGACCUAAAAAACCUGUAUAAGACGAGCUGUGGGCUAGCGGGGUCUCAAGACGUUUUUACGGGCAAACUGCAAGAUCGCAUGGAAACCUUCGUACUCAGCGAAACGCUCAAAUACUUGUUUUUGAUAUUUGACGAGGAAAACGAACUGCAUACUGAUUUGAGUAACGUCGUGUUUAGCACUGAAGCCCAUCCGUUUUGGCUUCAUCCAUCCAGUUCUACAUCAUACCAUUCUCUCAGGUAUUUCAAUGAUCGUUUUUACAGCGAUCAUCUUGAUGGAUUUUGUGAGAGAGACACAAUCGCUAAGAACUCUGUCUUCAGUCAAGCAAUAAAAGGUAUCUCUCGUUAUGUCUCGCACGUUUACGAGCACAACGCCAAUGACGACCAAAUGCCCGAGAAUAGCAGCACUUCUACGGCUACAAUUGAACCUGGUAUGUGUCCUGCCCUCAAAAAUCAAAAUGACAAUACAGCUCGUUUUCUAAACUCCCCCAUGCUGAGUGACUACGAGCGCUUGUUCGAGGUAGACUAUAGAUACGCCACUACCUUGCUUAAACCGUCAUGGCUUUCAAAUCGGACGUCACUAGAACUCCAUUCAGACUUCUACGAUAUAUGGUGCUGGAAAUCAAAGGGAAUCCCAACAUGCAGGGCAGCUCCCACGACGGAAAUAUUCGAUGUCAGCUUCGCACCAGGUUAUUGCCGGGUUGGCGAACGCGUUUCUAAAAUAUACGGCACACCUCUCUCUAACGUUACCAUAGGGUCACUUGCAGGAAUAAGGAUGCAACUGGAAGCCCUACAUGUAGGUGCCCUGGAUGCAUAUGGCAACAUGAUUGAUGCUGGGCAAAUCGAUCUGAUUUCGCGUCAAGACGAUAACGUUUACAGUACGUGCCCUGCCGUGUAUGUUAGUGGUGAUUCCAAGCAAGUGGUUAAGCGCAAACGGGGAGAGCAGCUUCUUACCGUAUACCGCGCCACGGCAAUAGAUGGUGCCCCGCUUACCCACGAUGCUGUGGUGCACGUGAAUUUGAGCUCAGCUGAAUCCCGUCUAGGAUCCGGGCCUCUGAGGAUCAAUGACCAGAACAUGCUGAUGAUAAAUGGAGUCCCAGUGAUAAAUGUAAUCAGCGUGGUUAAUUGA